AUGAGAUAUCAAUUCUUUCCCUCUCCCCGAGGAGGAGGCGGCGGAGGAGGAGGAAGAGAAGAGGACGACGACGUGAAUAAUGCAUCAUCAUCAUCAUCGGUUGUUAAAAAACCUUCCAAUGCUUCCUCUGAUUCGUCUUCUUCCGAAAACACGUCGCCGGGUCGGUCGUCGACGUCCUCGAACACCGCGACGACGACGACGACGACGACGACGACUUUGGGGAUGUUGAUGAAAGGAGGAGGAGUUCAUCAACAACAGCCAGCGCAACAAGGAGUGAGGAGAUGGCCGCCGGAAAACGCGCACACCGCGCUGAGACUUUUGUUGGAAACGAGAUGGGUGGCGAAAUUGUUCCCCGAGGAAGAGGAGGAUGAAGACGACAAAGAAGGCUUUAACGAUGAAGACGAAGGAAAGAGAACGACGACGAGCAGCAUCAGCGGCAGCGAGGGCGAUUCAGACGACGACGACGCGAAGAAAUUGAAAAAGAAGACGAACAAGGACGAGAGGAAAGAAGACUCGAUUCGAAGACUGGAAUCGCGAUACCGAGGGAUUAAAGUCGAUUUACUCGACGCGCCGAGAGAGUGCGCGAUGCGGACGUGUUUGGUGCACUGCGGCGCGCGAGAGGCGAAGUUGGAAGGCGUCGACGGGAGAGAGGAGGAAGAGAUGGGGGACGCAGAGACGAUUCACGUUGGAGCGGGAGGAGGAGGAGGAGCGACGAUUCAGACGACGACGGAGAUUUUGAAUAGCAAUAAAGUCAACGAAGUCAUCGACGACAGGUUUAAGAUUAGGAGUAAAACGGCGAAAGUCGGGGUAGAAAUCGUCAAGAAAUGUUUGGAUAUGGACGAGGAGAGUCACGCGCAACACAAUCAACUGCAAGCGAAUAACGGUCAACCGCCGCCGGCGAGACACUUUGUAAUGAGGAUGUUGUUACCAACUGGGCAGUGCGGACAGUGCAUCGGGAAAGGCGGGGCGAACAUUAAGCGGUUGAGAGAAAAGGCGCCGAGGUGCGAGGUGAAAAUACACGACGUCGGGCAGAUUCCACCGUGCGCGACCGCGGAAGAUAGAGUGUUGGAGAUGAUUGGAGCGAGAGAGGAUAUUGAGAUUGUCGCCGCGGAGUUGUUCGAGACUUUAUCGUAUUUCCAUUUCGACAAGUCGGUUUUACCGUACUUUGUGUCUUUGGCGGUAUGCAAUAGAUCGCCGCAACAAAUAUCCGCGGUCGUGGAUCAGUACGGGAGGACUGUGGGAGGCGCGAAUAGAGUACACACGCCGCCGAACAUGGCAGCCGCCGUGAAUGUCAGUUUCCCGCAUCAACAGUUCCCAGGACAGUCGCAGCUCAUGUCUAUGGUUGUUCCCUCUCCCAUGUUGGUACCGACAACGAUCGUUUCACCGCCGUAUAAUCCCGUGAUGGUCAACCACGCUGCCGCGGCGGCGGCGGCGUCGACUGGAUCAAUCGGGAAUGGCGCGUUUCAAGAUCCAGUUGCCGCCGCCGCGCAGGCGCAACAAGUCGCCGCCGCACAGAUGAUGCAACAGCAACAGCACCUUCAUCAUCAGCAGCAACAACAAAUGCAUCAGCAUCAACAGCAAAUGCAGCACCAAAUGAACGCGCUCAGCUUUGCGCCUGAUUUUCUCGGCGGCUUUGGCAUGCCGUCGACCAACAUCGAGAGUACGGGAGGAGGCAGUGGCUUCGGUGGCGCCUUUGCGCCUACGGCGCACGAAAUGGCGACAAACGCAAACGCGCCAGUCGCGGCGUUCGGUCAAGCGCGAGCGAUGAGAUACAAUCCAGUGGCCAUUGGUCCGGCUGGAGUGCCGCUCGUACCAGUCGCAGCGGCUACCCUGUCGGGCGAGGUUCCAGUUUCCGGCGUUCCAGUUUCCGGCGCGAUAAAUCCAGCUAUGGCGUCCAUGUUUUCUGGCGGCGGAUUUCCCGUCGCCAACCUUUCACAUGGAUUGGAGGUACCAGAUAUCGUCCAAACGACCACUCCGGCGGGGGCGACUAUGCCAGUCAUUCCAACGCAAAUGCUCGCGCACAGCAAAGAAGACAAGGAGGAUACGACGAACCGGUACGCGCAGUUUUUCACAUCAACUAACAAUAAACUGAACGUCUGGUCUGACAACGGCGAUGUCGCGGCGCCAAACCCAGACCCUCUGAAUAUCAUCAAUUUUCUCCCCGGGGACGAUUUAUACGCGUUCGAUGAAGAUGCAAACGGGAACGUCAAUUAUGCGCAAGCGGUUCCAGUCGUCAACGACGAACAGGACGAGUUCACCGAGAUGGCGAAAAUUUCCAUCCCAAAGACAUCUCUUGGCAUCGUCUUGGGCGAAGGUUCUGCGAAUACGAGAGUUGUCGCGAGAAUGUCCGAUUGCUACAUUUCCGUCGCGGUUGAUCCGAAUCCAAACGCCGAAGAAGCGACGAUUUGCAUGCUCGGUAAAACAGAAGACGCGGUUGAAAAUGCAAAAGACGCUCUCGAAGCGCUCGCCUUGGGCGCAGAAAGCCAUCCGCAUUAUUAA